AUGAGUAAUGGUAACGAACAAUAUGUCGAAACUGACCAUGGCGAUGAAUACGACGUGAAGUUUCAUUGGUACCUCGAGGGGGCUGAUGUCAAGAAACCAAACGACACAGUCCCUGUCAAAUUCCGAUCUGUGCUAUAUCCAUCAUUAUUCCUCGAUCUUGAAGUAAACAACCCUGUCCACGAAACACCAUUCGUCAGCUGGAAAUCUCAUAAUGGACCUACCCAACAAUUCUAUCUAUAUACGUUAUAG